AUGCAGCACGUGCAGCACAACAACAGCCCUUUCGCUCCUCCUCCGGCGUACCAUCGCGAACACGAGCCGAUCGAAUUGCCAUCCGAGUUGAGGAUCGCGUUCCUUCAUCCUGACCUAGGUAUUGGCAAGUCUCGCUGGACGAAGUGACCGACUAUAUGUACUCGCGCGAGGCUAUGAGCAUGCGCGCCGUGGUACUAACCUUCCCCGUGCUUCGGAAAUCGAAUCGCAGGUGGCGCCGAACGAUUGGUCGUCGAUGCUGCGGUCGCGUUGCAGCAACGUGGUCAUCAUGUCGAGAUCUUUACCAGUUACCAUGAGGAUGGGCCUAGAGGAAGGAGCUUUGAAGAGACGAGGAACGGUCAGUCAUCGUUGCAUCGCGAUACAGUUCGUUGGGGAGUGGCUCGUCUCAAAGCCGACCGAAGUGGGGGUGUCGUAACCUGUCACUCGGAGGCCGAGCCGUCCCCAAAGUCUGUAGCGAUCCAAACUGGGAUGAACUAAGCCAAGAGCAAUCAUUCCCAUGUUCAGGUACUCUCAAAGUCCACGUGCUCGGCGCAUGGCUCGUGCCUCGCUCGUUCCUCGGUCGAUUCAAAGUCGUCUGCGCGAUGCUACGUCAACUCCAUCUCACCUUCUCCUUCCUCCUCGCCUGCCUCUGGUACCAUCUCAGUGGACUACCUCUACUAUCGUCGUUGCUCGUCCCCGAAACAAAGCCCUUCUCCUCGAGCGCAGAUUGGUCCCCUCUUCGACAGUUGGCCCCUUUCGACGUCAUCGUCGUCGACCAACUCUCAACGGCGAUCCCUCUCCUGCGCUGGUUCGGCCAGAACCGUAUCGUCUUUUACUGCCAUUUCCCCGACUUGCUCCUCUCACCUUCGAGGCCCGCAUCGUCAGCUGCGAAUGACCCUCGUAAAGAGCCGCCAUGGACGAUCGCGAGGGAGAUUCGGUCCAUGUAUCGGAAACCGAUCGAUACGCUCGAACAAGAAACGACGGCGCAAGCCGACAAGAUCGUGGUCAACUCCGAGUUUACGGGUCAAGUCUUCGUGACUACUUUCAGAACGAUGGGGAGGGUACCCAGAGUCGUCUACCCCGCGGUGGACGUCGGGGCGUACGGAAAGAGAGUCGAAGUGGGGAAGGAGGACAAGUGGUUGCAAAGGUGGGCUAAGCUCCGGUCGAGUAUCUUGCUACUGCUGGCUAGUAGCUGAUCCACGCGGUGCGAGUCUGCAGUCAGGAUCCAAUGCUCUUGUCUGUUAAUCGCUUCGAGGGAAAGAAGGACCUUGCCCUCGCUGUCGAUGCGUUCGCUCGGAUCGCCGGGGAUCAGCCCAAGCUCCGUCUCGUCAUCGCUGGGGGCUACGAUCCCCGUCUAGCGGACAAUGUCAAGACUCUGUUGUCCCUUCAACGCUUGGCGAAGAAGCAUGAGCUGUCAUACUACACCUACACCUCGUCCUCGGCCGCAACUUCCUCGGCCCCCGAUGCCGAACUCUACAAAGCCGCUCAGGCGUCGACGACUCCACCAACCACAACUCCGCGUAUCCUAUUCCUCCUGAACUUGACUGCAGCGCAAAAGGAUGCGUUGCUCCACUCCCCCUCGACCGUCGCUUUGCUUUACACUCCCUCGUUCGAGCACUUUGGUAUAGUACCGAUCGAAGCGAUGGCUUCGGGCCUACCGGUUCUAGCGACGAACUCGGGAGGGCCGACCGAAUCCAUCAUCGACGACGGUCUCGAUUCCUCUACCACGACCGGUCUAUUACGCUCACCUUCGGCAGACGUAUGGGCCACAGCCCUGAAGGACCUCUUAGCUCUCUCUCCGACGCGCCGUCAAGAAAUGGGCUCCAAAGGCAAAGAAAGAGUCGAGAAGGUCUUCUCCCUCUCUAGGUUAGGGGAGGAGAUGGAAAGAGUUUGCAUCGAUGCGGCGAGGCUUGGCCAACCCAUCUCGUCCGAGACGGGGUUCUUGAAGCUGUUGGCGUUUAUGGGAAUUGGGUUGUUUUGUUCGAUUUCGGGAAUCAUUGCGUUUUGGAUGCUUUAG